UCUGACACAGGCAUCACUCAGAGUCCACUUUCUUCUUUCUUUUAACCUCAGCAGUUGUGUCUUCUGACAAGAUGUGAGGCGUCACUCUUGUGCUCAGUAAACCAGACCCCGGGCUCUUUGGAAAGAAAAAAAGGGAAUUGGCCAGUCUACCCAGGGCUGACUUCAAAACGCACUUUUGUUUUUAAUAACCGAUGUCAGCUCAGCUGGCUUCGUUCUGGGGAGAAACCCUACGCUAACCUGCAGUCACAGUGACCGUCUCUUGCCGGGCCAGCCGGGCCUGCAUGACUUGGUGACCAAGAAAGGAAACGGUAGACGCGCCCCUUAAAGAUGGUGACUCUCUCCUGAGCAGCAGGAUCACUCGCUACAAGAAAAGACCUUCUCUGAGCCCUCCACAGGUGACGAGUCAUUUGAGAUUUUUGACAACUGUCGGUGAAUGCUGUGAUCGUUGUCCCCAUUUUGUCAAAUGGGGGCACUGAGGCAUGGAGGCUGAGUGCCAGCAGGGCGGGAGAAUAUGAAAGUGUUACUCAGGCUUGCUUGUUUCAUAGCUCUACUGAUUUCUUCUCUGGAGGCUGAUAACUGUGAGAAACGUAAAGAACGAAUAGUUUUAGUUUCUUCUGCAAAUGAAAUUGAUGUUCGUUCCUGUCCUCUUAACCCAAAUGAAAACAAAGGAACUAUAAUUUGGUAUAAAAAUGACAGCAAGACACCUAUAUCUUCAGAAAGAGACUCCAGGAUUCAUCAGUAUAAAGAUAAACUUUGGUUUGUUCCUGCUAAGGUAGAGGAUUCAGAACAAUACUAUUGUGCAGUAAGAAAUUCAACUUACUGCCUCAAAAUUGAAAUAACUGCAAAGUUUGUACAGCCCGAGCCUAACUUGUGUUACAGUGCAGAAACUAUAUUUACACAAAGACUACCCAUCGCAGGAGAUGGACAACUUGUGUGUCCUUAUUUGGAUUAUUUUAAAGACGAAUACAAUGAGUUCCCCAAAAUACAGUGGUAUAAGGACUGCAAACCUCUUCUUCUUGACAAGAUAAACUUUAUUGGAGAAAUAAAUAAACUCAUCAUGAGGAAUGUGACUGAAGCGCAUAAAGGGAACUAUACUUGUCAUGCAUCCUACACAUACUUGGGAAAGCAAUAUGGUAUCACCCGGGUUAUAGAACUUAUUACUUUAGAGGAAUACAAGCCUAAGAGGCCUGUGAUUGAGAGUCCAGUUAACGAGACGCUGGAAGUGGUCUUGGGAUCCCAGCUUCAACUGAUAUGCAAUGUGACUGGCCAGUACAGUGACUUAGUCUACUGGAAGUGGAAUGGGUCAGUAAUUCACGAUGAUCCAUUGCUGGUGAAAGACUACCAACAAGUGGAAAAUCCUUCAUCCAAAAAAAAGAAUACCAUCCUCACAAUGCUUAACAUUUCAGAAGUGAAAAGUAAAUUUUACCUGUAUCCAUUUACCUGUAUAGCCAAGAAUACAUAUGGUAUAAAUGCAGCAUACAUCCAAUUAAUACAUCCAGUCCCCAAUUUCCAGAAGCAUGUGAUUGGUGUAUUUGUCAUGUUAACAGUAGUCAUUAUGAGCUCUGUUUUCAUCUAUAAAAUCUUCAAGGUUGACAUAGUACUUUGGUACAGGAAUUCUUGCUAUGAUUUUCUCUCCCCAAAAGCUUCAGAUGGAAAGACCUAUGAUGCAUACAUUCUAUAUCCAAAGACCCUUGGGGAAGGGUCCACCUCUAACUCAGAUAUUUUUGUGUAUAAAGUCUUGCCUGAGGUCUUAGAAAACCAGUGUGGAUAUAAGCUGUUCAUUUAUGGAAGGGAUGACUACGUUGGGGAAGACUUUGUUGAGGUCACUAAUGAAAACAUAAAGAAAAGCAGAAGACUGAUUAUCAUUUUGGUCCGAGAAACAUCGGGAUUUGGCUGGCUGGGGGAUUCAUCUGAAGAGCAGAUAGUGAUGUACAACGCUCUCAUUCAGGCUGGAAUCAAAGUUGUCCUGUUGGAGCUGGAGAAAAUCCAAGACUAUGAGAAAAUGCCAGAAUCCAUUAAAUUCAUUAAGCGGAAACAUGGGGCCAUACGCUGGUCUGGGGACUUUACAGAGGAGAGGUUACAGUCUGCAAAGACAAGGUUCUGGAAAAAUGUCAGGUACCACAUGCCAGUUCAGCAGCGGCCACCUUCAUCCAAGCACCAGUUGCUGUUUGCGGCCCCUAGGCCAGAUGCUAAGGAGAAGCUGCAGAGAGAGGUGCACCUACCUCUUGGGUAGCAGGGAGAAGCUGGAUUCAGGAGUUCCUUGGGUGACUCCGCUCUCAUGGCAUCGCAGGCUGGGCUCCACUGACUUGUACAGUUAUAAAAUGCACCUGUAUCUUCCCUUAUCCCGGCAGUCACCUGGAAUCGGAUUGUUAAGGGAGCAAGAUGUGGCGACAAUAGCAGGCUGGGGCAAUGCAGAGUGGAGGGCUUUGGGAAGGCCUUUAAAAGGGCAACAAAGGCCCUCUGUGUAUGUUUGAACUGUGGAGAAAAGGCACUGGGAUAGCAAAUGAGAGGAAGAAACUUGCAGGAAAUGCAUAUCGUCUAGACACAGUUUUAUGAGGUCAUUCGCAGCUCAGAGGUGGGGUUGUGGCCUGGUCUGGGGAUUGCAGGGUCACUGGCCCUCGAAUGGCCAGUGAAGUCUCAAGAUGACUUGCUUCUCAGGGGAAGGCAGAAGUUUCCUUGGAGAACCUUCCACUUGCCUUUUCCAUAGGCACGGACAGCCAGCAGUCAGUUGCCAAAGACUGAAUUUCAUUUUACAGACCUUUAAAACUGCCAUUUCCUUGAACAAAGGGAUUCUCCAGGAGUUGAAAUAACCUUCACUUUCUGCUGGAGAGAGAAUUUUAAGAGAAAGCGGGGAAGAGGCUCAAGCCGCUCUUAUCUGGUCCCCACCAGAAGGACCAUCCUAUUUCACCUUAUUCUUCUGCAUUCCACUUGACUCAUUACUUCUUUGGAAGGACAACAUCCAAGUCACUUCCUCCUUCAGCUCUGUCACGCACACAGCCCACAGAUUAAUCAUCCUCCACAAAACGCUACAACCAUCUCAUCACCUCUUGCCAAAGCACCUCUGAGGGACUCUCCUGCUUAAGGAGGUAAAGCUCAAGUUCUCCCACUAGCAUUUCACUGCCAUUGUCAAACCCCCAACCCAUCCACACAGCCGUCCCCGCUCUGUCCUGCAGUGCGAAUUUCCAGAUCAGCCUUGUGAAUCAAAGAACUUGCCCUCAAGGCUCCUCCAUCUCUGCUUCUUCUUCCUGUUUCUGCUGACCAGAAUGCCUUCUCAAAUUUUCUCCAGCACCAGAAUUUUACUGAAAUUCAAAAUUUACUCCAACCGCGUUUUCCCCAAAGACACCCGAGGGACGCUGGCUGUCUCCUCUCAGUACCAUAGGACUGACUGUUGGCCGUCACUGCAUGACAGCCUUGUUCUGUCUCCACCUGCAGGAGAGGCUAUGGUUUGUGUCUCCCUUUGUUGUCCUUAGUGCCUUCACAAGUAGUUUGCACAUAUGACAUAGAUUGUGUGGUUCUUUAUUAUUUAAAAUGUUCACAGAUUACUUUAUUUAAUGUUUGCAAUCGUCCUGAUUUAAUAGAGAGUAAGCGACCUGCUGUAAAAUGAUUACAACUCAGCACUACGGACACUGGGGCUUGCACUUCUCAUGCUGGCCUCUAGGACAGCGUUCUGGAGGUUUGAUCUCAGUCCAUGAAUGUCCCUUUCAUUCCUACCCUGGCACUUUUGUGAGAAGAAAUGAUAGUUUUCUAGGAUGGUGGAUGAGUCUGGGAAUGCUUCUAUUUAGAAACUGAAUUGCAAACUUUUAUUUUUUAAAAGAUUUUUAUUAAAAAUAGCUAACACAUCAUGUUAUAUUAGUUUCAAGUGUAUACCAUAGUUAUUUGACAUUUAUAUACCUAAAGAAGUAAGUGAUCACAUGAUUUGUCCAGCAACCAUCUGACACCGUACAACUGUCACGGUGUUAUUGACCGUAUUCCCUAUGCUGUACACCACAUCCCCAUGACUUGUUUGUUUUAUACCUGGAAUCUCUUAUUCCCUUUUACCUUUUUCUCGCCUUUUUUGAUUUUUCUGUCAGAUAGGGGUGGGGUG